AUGAAAUAUCCACCAACUCAAUCUUUAUCUUCAGAAGAAAAAGAUUUGUUAUGGAAAUUUAGAUUUUAUUUAACUCAAUGGAAUGAUCCCAUGGAAAUUAAACAAGCGGUGGAGUUAUUACCUCAAUGGGUUGAUAUUGAUUUAGAUGAUGCACUUGAAUUGUUAGGUAAUAAUUUCCAAAAUCGAGCUGUAAGAAGAUAUGCUGUUAGUCAAUUAAGAAAGGCGGAUGAUGAAGUUACUUUAAAAUUUGAAAAAAUUGGUAAUAAUAAAUCAUCAUCGCAUGAAUCUAGUUUGGCAGAAUUUUUGAUCGAAAGAGGGGUUAAGAAUCCUAUUUUAGGAAAUUAUUUUCAUUGGUAUCUCAUGGUAGAAUGUGAUGAUAAUGACAAAAGUGAUGGUAAAAUGUAUGCAAAAGUAGAUUUUCAGUAUCAGCAUGCAAUGAUAGAAGCUCCAUCUGGACAUCAAAGAAGAGAGAUACUUCGUAGGCAAGGUGAAUUGGUUGCAGCUGUAUCUUCUAUUUCUACCGAAAUACGUUCAAUGAAAGAUACAAGACUUAAAAAAACUGGAGUAUUUAAGAGUAAUUUAUUUCCAUUACGAUUAACUUUCUCGGUAGUAGAUGGUAGUGAAUAUCCAGUAAUCUUCAAAGCCGGUGAUGACCUUAAACAAGAUCAAUUAGUAAUUCAAAUCAUAACCUUGAUGGAUAAAUUAUUGCGUAAAGAGAAUUUAGAUUUAAAAUUAACUCCUUAUAAAGUUCUUGCCACGGGACAAGAUCAUGGAUUGGUUCAAUUCAUUACGUCAUCAACUUUGGCUAAUGUAUUAAGUGAAUAUAAUGGUAGUUUAUUACAAUUUUUAAAAACUCAUCAUCCGGAAGAGAAAGCGGUAGGAACAUAUGGAGUUAAUCCUACUGUCAUGGAUACUUAUGUUAAAAGUUGUGGUAACUUAUUUCAUGUAGAUUUUGGUUAUAUCCUAGGUCGAGAUCCAAAACCAUUUCCUCCACCCAUGAAGUUAUGUAAAGAGAUGGUUGAAGCCAUGGGAGGAGCAAAUUCUAUUCAUUAUCAAAGAUUUAAAAAUUAUUGUUAUAUCGCUUUUAACAUUUUACGUAAGAGUGCUAAUUUGAUAUUAAAUCUAUUUGCAUUAAUGGUUCAUGCGAAUGUACAUGAUAUUAAAAUUGAACCGGAUAAAGCAGUUUGGAAGUUUAGAUUAGAUUUAACAGAAGAGGAAGCAAUAAAAUAUUUCCAGAAUUUAAUUAAUGAUUCUGUUAGUGCAUUAUUUCCUCAAGUUAUUGAAACGAUUCAUAAAUUUGCUCAAUAUUGGAGAAGAUAA